AUGUCAUCGCUAACUCCUCGCUCAAAGACUAGACUUCGCACAGGUGAAAACCAGCGACGGCUCGAGCAUGCUUUUGACAACCAAGUACGGGAGCUCGAGGAUCAGAUUGAUGAGAGAGCUGAAGAGCAUCAGCAGGAUAUAAAGCGCGUUCAGGAUGCCUUCCUGACCAGGCUGCUCGCGCUUAUCCGGAAGAAGGCAGAUCUUGAACAGCAAAUCGUCCAGCAUGUCCAGGGGCUUGCCGAAGCGUACGAAGUGGUCAAGGAAGAGUUUCAAGCCGUUCUGCAGGGCCGGUUGAAGGAUGUGCGGGAAGCAAUCGACGCUUUAAGUGGACUGGAAAGGACCGGCAAUGUGGGUUCUGAAGACCGGUACUGA